UAUAAUUCAAAACGUCGUAGGAGCGCAUCUAGUGCAUCUAUUAGUUCAUAUGGUAGUGACACCAUUGACAGCGAUCGAGAGAGUAAACGUAGGAGCGAACAGGGGAAAAGCAGUCGGCGUUCUUGUAGUGCUGAAUUCCAUGAGGGUACAUCGAGACAUCGACAGAAAUCUAAGUUAUUUGAAUCAUCACAAGGUAGCACAUGCAGAAAAGAAAGUAGGCGACGUUCCCUCAGCACUGAAUCCCGUGAUGACACUGGUAGAAGAGAAAGCAGGCGACGAUCCCUCAGCACUGAAUCCCGCGAUGGCAAUCAACUCACCCGGAGAAGAGAAAGCAGGCGACGUUCCCGUAGCAUUGAAUCCCGUGAGGACUUACUGAGAAGAGCAAUCAGGCAACGUUCCCGCAGCACUGAAUCCUACGAGGGCACAUCGAGAAGUAUAAGCAAGCGACGUUCCCGUAACCGCAGCACUGAAUCCCGCGAGAGUACUCGGAGAGGGGAAAGCAGGCGACGUUUCCGCACCCGCAGCAAUGAGUCCCGCGAUGGCACUCGGAGAAGAGAAAGCAGGCGACGUUCCCGUAACCGCAGCACUGAAUCCCGCGAGAGUACUCGGAGAGGGGAAAGCAGGCGACGUUCCCGCACCCGCAGCAAUGAGUCCCGCGAUGGCACUCGGAGAAGAGAAAGCAGGCGACGUUCCCGUAACCGCAGCACUGAAUCCCGCGAGAGUACUCGGAGAGGGAAAAGCAGGCGACGUUCCCGCACCCGCAGCAAUGAGUCCCGCGAUGGCACUCGGAGAAGAGAAAAGAGGCGACGUUCCCCCACCCGCUGCACUGAAUUCCGCGAGAGCACUCGGAGACGAGAAAGCAGGCUACGUUCCCGUAGUCCCUCUGUCACCCCGCACAAGGAAAGGGAAGGCUCCAGCAGCUUACAAUUUGGCGAUCAAAGCCAGGAUGAAAACACAUCUCACUUAA